AUGCCCGUCAUACCAGCGCGAAAGUCUGUGGCUUUCUUGGUCCAAAAGGGCCAAGAAAUUAAAAUCAUCAACACCUAUGGCAAGCAGGUCCUCGAUUUCUGGGCCUUUAACCCCGCCGACCCCAAUGACUUCCUCUCUAUGGUGCACUGCCGCACCAUUCUCCUCAAGGUGUCCUUGUCUCGCGGCGACAAGCUGUACAGCACGCGGCGGAAGCCCAUUCUCACCCUGACCGAGGACACCACGCGCGGCGUGCACGACAUGAUCUGGUCCGCUUGCGACGCCGAGAGGUAUCGCAUGCAAGGCUUCGAAGGCUACCACGACAACUGCACCGACAACAUGCACAAGGCGCUCAAGGACAACUUCCCGGAUUUCCACAUCGCCCACGACUGGGUCCCCGACCCGCUCAACCUCUUCAUGAACGUCGCAAUCGAUCACCAUGGUGGCCUGGACAUCCGCCCUCCCACCAGCGAGGCGGGCCAGUAUGUCAUCUUUCGCGCCGAGGCGCCCUUGGUCAUAGUCAUGAGCGCCUGUCCUCAGGACAUGGCCCCGGUUAACGCGGGGAUGCCCACCGAUUGCGAGUACCGGGUUCUCGGCGCCGGUGAGCAGCAAGAAGAGCAGACCUUGGCUGUGCCAGCCGUGUUUCGCCCCAGGACGCGGCGCGUAAAAGUAGCCCUCUCCGUUGACUUCGACGCCGUGUCACACUGGCUAGGCACGGGCUGCCACGCCGACAACAACAUGGCCGACUACUCGUCGGGCAUCUUCGCCGGCCAGGUGGGCGUUUACCGCCUACUGAGCGUGUUCAAUAAAAACGGCGUGGCGGAUAAGGUCACCUGGUACAUUCCAGGCCAUACCACAGAGACAUUCCCGGAGGCCGCGCGCGCCGUGUUGGAGUCGGGCGCUGAGAUCGGCCUCCACGGGUACGCCCACGAGGGUAUUGCCCAAAUGACUGAGGAGCAAGAACGUGAGGUCCUCCUAAAGUGCAUUGACGUCGCCACGAAGCUGGUGGGCAAAAAACCUCGCGGUUACCGCGCUCCAAUGUAUACCAUCCGCGAAACAACGAUCAAGCUCCUCCGCGAGUACGGCUUCCUCUACGACUCGUCGCUCAUGCACCACGACUCCCAGCCCUACUUUACACCUAAUGACCCUCCGAUCGAACCCAUUGACUGGUCCCAGCCGGCCUCAUCCUGGCUCAAGCCCUCUCCCAUCGCGUCUCAGAGAUACCCAGAGGACGGUGUUCAUCCGCUGGUUGAACUUCCCUGCGGCUGGUACAACGAAGACAUGAUGCCACUGCAGUACCUGCCCCAUCUGGCCAACAGCAUGGGCUACGUGUCCACGCGCGUAGUGGAGCAGAUGUGGAAGGACAAGUUCAUGUGGCUGUGGGAGAACCCGAAUGAGGGCGAUGAGUCAGCCGACUUCAUUUUCCCGAUCCUGGUUCACCCGGACACCAGCGGCUUGGCCCAUAUCACCGGCAUGGUCGAUCGGUUCAUCGGGUGGUUGAAAGGGUUCGGCGAGUCGGUGGAGUUUUGCACUGGGGAGCAGAUUGCUCAGGCAUGGUUGGCCGUGCAGCAGAAGGCGAGAGCAGCUGCUUAG